AUGGGCCAACUACUCCAGAGCCUCGUCGAGCGCGUCAUAUCGCCACACGACCGGGAAGAGCAGGGCCGUCCGCCCGUCAUGGCCGCGACUGGCGGUCAUGGACAUGAAGGCAACGGCGGCGGGGGCGCAGACAUGGCGAACCCGCAGCAACGGCCCCAGCCGCGGCGCGCGCUCACAAUCAUCCGCACCGACGCCGACGCCCUUGUCCCGCAAAACGACAAGCUGCUCGUGUUUCGGUCGCUCACAGGCAUCGACACAGUCCCUGCGCUGACGUCCUCUGGCCACGCCGGCAAGCGUGCCGCCGAGAACGUGGGCAUCUACACGCGCGUGGUGAGGGCCGAGAAGAUGGCUGCGCGCAGUUACCGCCUCUUUAACAUCGCCAUCAACGUCUGCCUAGGCAUUCAGUUUAUUAUGGGCGCGGCGCUCACGGCGCUGGGCGCAGCCGACGGCUCCCGCGCCACCAUUACGGCCUUUGGCGCGAUCAACACCAUCAUCGCCGGGAUCCUGACUUACCUCAAGGGCUCGGGCCUGCCGGAUCGCUUCAAGCGCGUCGAGGAAGAGUUCAAGAUGGUGCGCGAGUACGUGGAGCAGCGCGAGCGCGAGUUUUGUCUCGCUGGGUGUCCACUCGACCCCUUUGACGAGGUCCAGGCCGUCGACGACAUGUACAAAGCCGCUGCUCAGCAGUUGAGUGGUGGCGGGAAUAAGACGCCCGGAACAAACGCCGUUCAGCCUCAGCCCCGAGUAGUGACAACAGCGCCCUCGUCGCUGGCCCACCGGCUCACCAAGCCGGCGGAUCCGCCGCCGACACACGUUCUCGCUCCGUGUGAGAGGCAGCAUGUGUCUGAGCCGUCCGAGAAGCAGACACUAGGGUAG